GUGCGGGGUUGGGGGGCGAUGCGAGCCCCGGGGCGGGCGCGCUCCUCCGGCGGGGAGGCGAGCGGAGCGGCGGGGGAAGGACCGGGCUGCUCAGAGCGCUGAGCACCUGUGGGCGUGACUGCCGGCCCCCUCCUCCUCCUCCCGCUUCCCUUUACUUGAAGGGCCAGCGCUGCUGUAGCGGCAGAGCCUGAGAGCGGAGCGGGCGGCGCUCGGAGAGGACGAGACCCGCCGCCGACCCUCCGCCUCAAGUGUCCCGGCCCAUCCCGCGCCUCCGCCCCGUCGAGCCGCAGGACCGGUCGGGAGGGCAGCUCAGGCUGGACAGGCCGCGGGGGGACCGGGCUGUCCUCGCCCUGCGGGCGCUGGGCCGGGGCGCGGAUCGCCCUCUCUGCGCGGAGCUGCCCGCGGAGCCCUGCCCGGCGGGCGGCGGUGGCGCCGGGCUGCCCUCGCCCCUCGGUGGCCCUCGCGGCCAUGCUGGCCUGGGCUGAGGGGCGGCCGCGCCCUGAGCGGGGGUCGCCGUAGAGCCGCGGGCGGGCGGGGGAGGCGCCGCGUUAGCACCGCCGGGGCCCGCGCUCCGCCUGCGGGGCUGCCCCCGGGACAGGGAGGCAGGGGGAAGGACGGCAAGCGGAACAACUUCUGCGAAUAAAAACAGAAAAGAAAAAAAUAAAAAAAAGAGGCUUAUUCGUGGGACAUCUUCGAAGCUCAGUACCACGCGAGGCAUCCCAGCCGCAGUGAGACCCUCCAUGCUAGUGCAUCCCACCAGAGUGACAGGAGGGAAGCUGGCUGUGGCCGCUGUUCCCAAGCCCUGCUUUUAUUAGAGUCGCCUUGGCUUUCUGGCUGGAAGAUGAUUCUUGCGACAGGACCGUGGUGCUGAUGAUGAACAGCAGAGUCGUUGGAAGAUGCCUUCCUUGAGGAUUACACGUGGAACAAGGCCAUCAGUCGAGGGGAGAGCUGGCUGGUGAAAUUGUCUGACUUUCCCCCCGCUGGGGAAGUGGCUUCAAUGGCUCCAUCUCCCAGGAGAAGCAGUAGGAAAGAUGCCAGCACCUUGCCAAGCAUGUCCUCAACUUUCUGGGCUAUCAUGAUCCUGGCUAGUCUCCUAAUCGCUUACUGCAAUUAUAACAGCUAUUUUGGAGCGGAUAACCCUCAAUGGCUGUAUAUGAGACAUUGCCCGGGGUGCCUCCAAGAUGCUUUUGAGCUGGGUCAGCUGGCUGCAGGUACAUGUGAGAUUGUUACUUUGGACAGAGAUAGCAGUCAGCCCCGAAGGACUAUAGCCCGACAAACAGCUCGCUGUGCAUGUAAAAAAGGACAGAUUGCCGGUACAACAAGAGCAAGGCCAGCAUGUGUUGAUGCACGAAUUAUCAAAACAAAACAGUGGUGUGAAAUGCUUCCAUGUUUAGAAGGAGAAGGCUGUGAUUUGCUAAUCAAUAAAUCAGGCUGGACCUGUACACAACCAGGAGGACGGAUAAAGACAACCACGACUGAAGAUCAGCUGGAUAUAUCCUGAGGCCAUGAUCUAGUGGUCUGAGCUUGGGAACUGGGAGCCAGAAACUCCUGAGCUCUAAUCCUGGCUCUGACAGUGACUACCUCUGUGGCCUUGGCCUGUCUGAGGCCAUGUGGUUUGGAGAUCUGAUCACUAGUCCGAAAAGGAAAGGCUGUUUGCAAGAUUUCUGGGGUGUUUUUUCCUGGAAAAGGUCUCCUGACAAAUGCAGCAACACAGAAUCCUCGUAGGAGUGGUUUAGGCUCUCUGUGAGCUACUUAACUUAGUCAAGUUACACUGCUGUUGAUCAUCAUCUGUUAUAUGUCAUCAACUCAACUGUCUGUUUCUCUGUAUCUCAUGAAUGACAGCAUAAUUCCUCUGCAUUAUGAGCUAAAGUUUGUUCUACCAUUCUAAGGAUCACUGGACUAAGGAAUAUAGAAAAAGAGAUAUGCUUGGGCAUUAGCAAUACAAAAAAGUUCAUGGUUAACGUUUCAUCUGCGUUAUACACCACUGCUGGACUUGCUGUUACCUACAUGUUUCAAUCCGAAGAGUCUGCUACAAUGAAGAGUAUCAUCCCAAUCAGCCUUAGAGAAGACUGUUUUGCCUAUGGGAGGACACUGAGGUGCAAAAGAGAAACUCUUCUUGUGCCCUAAACUGUCUGAAUUGCUUUUAUUUUCUUAUACUUUCAGUAUUUACAAUAGACCAAAGAGCAAAAUCUAUUUUAAAGUGGACACAAUCUUACUCUUAAGAGAGUUAUGUCAUUAAAAUGAAGGUCUCCACAAAGACAUGAUUCCAGCUUUCACAAAGCUGAAAUGUUGUCCAGCAGAAGUCUUUAUGGAAAGCUGAAGUAAAAACUAACUCAGAGACCUGCUCUUGAAAUGCCAUGUUCAAGAGAACAUAACGGAGCACUGAGAAAAAAUGACCUAUGUUUGAAAAACUUGGACAAAAAGAACACAAACUGUCUACACAGCACCUUUAUUCCUCUGUACUUAGAUUGACUUUCUCGUACUAAAAUCAUUUUCCGUUUUAACCAGUUAAACAUGCCUCUUCUACAGUUCCAUUUUUGAUAGUUAAAGUUGGAUAAUACAGUAUUUGCAAAGAGCAUGUUUGGUCAUCUGUGGCCUAUGUCUCAUCUGAUACACCAUUUAGCACCAGAAAGCAAAUUAAAGAGAAAACAAAAGUAACACUUGUUUGAAAGAGAUCAUUAAAUGUAUUUUGAAAAGCCUAAAGUUAUAUAUUUAACAGUUUUUAUAUGUUGUAUAUUUGUAGAAAAUCCUAUUUAACAAUUAACGUGAUAACUCUGACAGUCAUGAAAAGUGGUUCAGAGUUAAGUUGUGUUUUAUUACUUCAGUUGUCUCUGAAGUGACCGGUGUCGUUUGCUUUCUUCCAUUGGGACAUUCUGGAUGUAAAGCAUGACCAGAGAGGACUGUGUAGUAAAAGCAAAGAAUAAUGUUGUUUAUAUUACAUAAAUGCAUUCAACCAUU